AUGAGUAGAAAUUGUAGCACCGGUAACCUAAUAGAUCCUUUAGUAGAACCUGAACGUUACGCUCGGGCACGUCUCUUUAUACGCAAGUUAAAGAAAGCUAUGGCCGAGGACCGUAAGCAAAGACCACUUAAGGAGUUUUCCCAACCAUCUAACUUGGAGCCUAGUUCUAGUAUAGUAAACCCAGCUAUAACAACUAACAAUUUCGAACUAAAGCCCUCACUAUUACAAUUAGUACAACAAAACCAAUUCGCUGGUUUCGCUACCGAGAACCCGAAUCAACACCUAAAGGUUUUUAUCCAGUUAGUUGACACCCUUAAAGCGAAUGGCGCUACGUCUGAGGAAAUUUGUCUAAGACUAUUCCCAUUCUCCCUUAGAGGUAAGGCACACGACUGGUUAGAUUCCCUUCCCUCCAACUCAAUAACAACUUGGGAAGACCUUAGGAGAGUAUUUCUUGCUUGA